AUGAAGCUCACCCUGGUGGUCAUUGUGGCCGUGCUCAUUGCCACGUGUUGCGCCCUUCCCGUACCAAAGGAGGAGGUAUUUGCGGUGUACCCCGUGAACAGUGCCCUGGCACAGCACUCAAGCGAUCUGCCAGUUGAAGCCAAACCCGAACAAGCCACUGGACCGGUGGCUGCGUCCGCGGCGAAAGAUCUCACCGUCGAGAAGGAGACACCAAAACCGGAAGUUGGCAGUGGAUUGGGGGCUGAAAGCACGCAAGAACAAACGAAAGCUGCCCCCGAGAAGCUGGAAGAGACCGUCAAGGACGAUGGCGUGAAAGCUGCACCCGAAGUGGUGGCAACACCGGUGAAGGAAGAAACUGCAAGAACUGUUGAGGAAGCAAAGUCGGCACCUCUGAAGGAUGCGACGGAAGUGAAAGCUGAGCCAACUCCAGCUGCGGUGGCCGAGUCGGCUGUUGAUGUUCCGACAACGGCGUCAAGUGAAGAUGCUCGACGAGAAGUUUCCCAGUCGGUCCCAGUUGAACCCGAGCCCAAGAUGGUUGUUCCAGAGACGAAAGCUGCCACGGAGGUGAAGGAAGUCACGGAGUCGAAAUCGAGUGAAGAGAAAGAAACCGCUCCGGUCGCUAAAGCUGUGGUUGAGGAUGUGAAGGCGUCUGUCGAUGAGAAGGCCAAGGAACUAGCUGUCCCAACGAGUGAAGGAAGCGUGGUUGAGAAAUCGGCAGAAGUCACCACAACCGUAGCGGAGCAGGUGGCAACUGUUGCACCGACCGAAAGCAAGUCCGAGAAGCUUACUGAGGAAACCAAAGUAGAGGCAACUUCUGAAGCUCGUGCUGCUCCCGUCGUGGAGGCUAACACCGAUUCUAAGCCCGCCGAAAAGGUCGCGCAAGAACCUGUGGUGAAGGCCGUACCGGAAACAGUGGAAGCGAAGCCGACCUCUGUGGAGAUGACGACCGUGAACGCUGAACCAGCUUCAGAGGCGAAGGCCGCGGCAAGUGACGACGUUAAGCCUACUCUGUUGACCGCUAACGAUCCGGAACCUAAGACCGAGGGAAAGGACGAAGUCAAACCCACGAAAGUGCGUGCUGCCCCGAUUGUCGAAGGACUGACGGUGUCCCAACCGGUGGAAGCUGAACCUGCCGUCGCUAAAAUCCAAGUCACCGUCGUGCAGGAAGCUGAGAAGGAAACCGUACAGGAUGCGCCUGUGACUGAGGCCGAGGAGAAAACCUCAGGACCAGCUACGACCACGGUUCCGGAGGUGAAGAAGCUCGAUGAAGAAGUUGAACAGAAAUUGCCGGAGUCACCGAAGGCUGAGGCUGACGUUCUGAGCAUGGAGUCAUCCGUCAAGAGUGAAGUUGAGCCAGAAAAGGCUGAGCGAACCUUCAUUCCGGCUACCGCACCUUCUUCCGAAGCUGUUGUCGUUGUGGUUCCCAGCGUGAAGCCCGAGGACGUUACGACCGUUGUUGCUGUGGCGGAGAACACCGACAAACCCGCGGGUGAGUCCGCAGAAGACAAACCGAUGGUACGAUCGGUGGCCGCUUCUGACGAGCUUCUCGAGGCGACCACGACAACGGCGAAAGUCGAGGAAUCAAAAGAUGGGAGUUCUCAGCCGGGAGCAACCGAAACCUCGGACGCAGUCCAAGAAGAUACUAAGGAUCAGAGUGACGGUAACGGUACAACGGUGAGCAGCGUUACGGAGCAGGAUACGACCACCGUAGCUGCCGUUACGGAACCGGAACCGGUGCCAACACCCGCAAAGCAAAAAGCCAAGAAGCAGGUUCCACCAAACCUCAAAGGAUACAGCAAGCGGUUGAAGCUGCAGGAAGCACAACGGAAGCAAGGUGACAGCGAAUGAGAAUGCGCCCAAGGAUGGGACAGCUGAAAGCUCAGGAAGCCAGUAACGUCACCGGGGAAGUCGGUGACACCGGCUCCAUCAACUGCUGUGGCCAGUUCCCGCACGCUCUUAACCUGUAAGAUCUACCCGUCUAGAAGAUAAGCGAUAGCGUUAAGGUGACAUCA